AUGCCGGACUUUAAGCCUGGCCAGAUAGUCCAGCUCGGUGACGGCCGCAAGGCCACAGUUCGAUUCGCCGGCCAGACAAGCUUCCAGGUUGGCGAAUGGAUCGGCGUCGAGCUUGAGGACAAGACUGGAAAGAAUGACGGCAGUGUUCAGGGAGUCAGGUAUUUCGAUUGCCCCGCGGGCUAUGGCAUGUUUGUCAAGCCCAUGAUGGCCACGAUCAUUGCGCAGGCUCCAAGUACCAAGCCAGUCGUCCGCAAGCCAGCCCGUCCAAGCAGCUUUCACCCGGCAUCAGUAAAGGCUGCUCCCAGCGGGGACGUUGCGCUAGCCAAGAGGAGGAGUUUGAACGCGCCCAGUCCCAGUCCAGUUCCCAAGUCUCGUCCUACCAGUCUUGUGAGGGUACGGCCAGGAGUCACACCCCAGCCUUGGAGCUCGCUAACAGCCAUGAUGCAGUCUCCCAUAAAAUCGCCAACCAAGCAGCUCGGAACCGCAUCCAGCGCUUCCGCUUCUCGAACGGUUACCCCAUCAAAUGCACGAGUUCCGUCAGCAUCCGCGGUUGGAGCCGCUAGAGCCAGAACAUCCGUCGGUGGACAACGAACCUCAAUGGGACCGCCAGCUGCCCCUGCUUUGCGAACAACACGACUGUCGUCAAUAUCCUCCGCGACAGCCCGCGCCAGCGGAGCUCAUACCAGGUCUGCCAGUGGAGCUCGCGGGCCUCAGUCUAUGCGCGUCGUCCCACGACCGGACUCCGGACGUCGACCAUCCGCCGAUUCACAAGCGGGUCGUGAUAGUGGCUCAGCCGAUGAUGCGAGUCUAGGUUCUCCUAUGAAGAGCGAUGGAGAAAUUCUGUCGCCGCAGCCCACGAGUCCCGUAACAGGGAGGGCAAAGGCCCUGGAAAGGAUUGCAGCUGCUACGUCUCCCGGGACUUGUUCUACUCCAGCAUCUUCAAAUCGAACAACUGCACCCGUCACGGCACAAAGGUCUUCCCCGAAUCCCGCUUUGAGUCGCGAAAAUGAAGACUUGAAAGCGAAGCUCAAAGUGCUUGAACGGAAGCGCCUCGAGGACAGAGACAAACUGAGCCAAUUGGACAGGGUUCAGAGUGAACGAGACAAAUUUGAAGGCAUUAUCCAGAAACUUCAACAAAAGUACCAACCUCAGCAACAAGAGUAUGCUGAGCUGCGAAAACAGAUGAAGGAAGCCGAAGCCAGAUUUAUAUCCAUCGAAAAGGAGCAGGCGGAUCUCGAGGCUGAGCUUGAACUGUCGGUAGUCAACCGGCAGAUUGCCGAGUUGGAUCUUGAAGAUUCGCAGUCGCAGGUAGAGGCGCUGAAACUGAAAACAGAAGAGUUGGAGCUCAAGAUUGAACUUCUCGAAGCCGAGAACUCUGACUAUUGCAAAGGAAUGUCACCGGAAGAACGCGCCAGUGCCGGCUGGAUGCAGAUGGAGAGCGCAAAUGAGCGGCUACGUGAGGCCUUGAUAAGGUUGCGCGACAUAACCCAAGAUCAAGAGAAAGAACUGCGAGACCAGAUCGCUGGGCUUGAGGAAGAUGUCAAAGAACUUGGGCCAGUCAAGCUACAAUACGAUUCUACCAAAGAGAAACUAGCCCGAUCCGAAGAGGCCGUUGAGCAGCUCAAGGAACAACUCAAUGACGCUCUUGGAGCCCAGAGCAUGAUUGAGGAAUUGUCUGAACAAAACAUGGAUAUGUCUGCUGUAAUUGAAAAGCUCAGACUGGAGAUUACAGAGCUUGAGACCCUCAAGGAGAUCGAUGACGAACUGGAAGCGAAUCAUGUUCAGCUGGAGAAGCAGAUGCAGGAAGAGUUGGACAUGAGAGACGCUGUCAUUUUAGAGCAGACGUCACGGGCUGCAAGACAACAAUCGGAGCUCGAUGAUCGGGCUCACACGAUAUUACGAUUCCGAGAACUGGUGGAAAGCUUGCAAGCUGAUCUGGAUGACAUGCGAGCCUCACAGGCUGUGACCGAGGGCGAAUCGGAAAAAUUGAAUGAUGGCUCAAGGGCCAUGAUGGAUUUGAACAUGAAGCUUCAAAUUUCUGUCGCAAAGGCACAGGUCAAGACAAUUGAUUUGGAGCUUCGCCAUCUUGAUGCUCAGGAAGCAGAGCAACACCUCGAGAUUGUCAAGCUAUUCCUCCCCGACACGUACCAGGAAGAUCGGGACUCGGUUCUCGCACUGCUCCGCUUCCGAAGGUUGGCAUUCAAGGCAAACCUUGUAAACGGACUCAUCAAGGAGCGCAUCAACGGGAAGCCUCAACCGGGCCACGAAGAUGACGUGCUCGCUGGGUGUGACGCUGUUGACAAGCUGGUGUGGGUGGCGACGGCGUGUGAUCGCUUCAUCAACGACAUUAGUCACUGCACCACUGAGCAGUUCUCGGCAUACCAAAAGUCGUUGCUCGAGCUUGAACCGGUUGAACGAGCGUUAAAUAGCUGGAUCGACAGUCUCCGUCGUGAUGAUCUCAAGGAAAAGAAGUGCGCCGAAGAGCUGCAACGAACGAUUUCCCUCAUGUCACACUUGGCAGAAGUGCACAUCUCUGAUGGCCUUGCCAGCUUUGCAAACCACGUGUACAUGUCUUCUUUAGUUGUGCAAAGCCACCUCGACUCGGCCGUCGUAGCCUUCAACACAACAAGAGCCAUGGUUCAGCGAGCAAUCCCCCCUGAAACUGAAGGCGAUGAGAUGAGCCAGCUUUGGGCGAAGAAGUUUGACACGGUCAUCACACAAACAAGAAGCGCCAAGGUCAUUGCCGGUAAAGCGGUCCGUGCCUUGGAGGAUUUGAAGACGCGUUCGCUCUCACCACUCCCGGAUACGAAACCGGUUUUUGAGCAGUGCGAGCACGACAGCCGAGAGCUGGCACACAUGGCCCGGGUUAUUGGCAACCGUGUUCACUUGCUGCUCACCCAAGACGAGGGACGUGCGGAGCCGUUCACUCACGGGGAGAUUCAGAAUGCCAUUCACCAAUCCGUAUUGGAUGCCACCUCUGCCUCUGAAUCGGAAACCUUUUCCGCGUAUCUUGCCAAGCUGCGCAAAGUCACUGGUCAGAUCAGCGACAUAGCCGCCCUAGCAACGGACCUUGACCAGACUGAAGAGUUUGACGUCCAUCUAGCGCCGUGGGAAUUGCGAUCCCAGGAACUCAAGACGCUCAAGACGGUGCCUGCCGACGCUGAGGAGGAGCUGCGGCGCCUUAGGGAGGAGUACCACGAAGCCCGGAGAACAAUUGCUCAACGGGACGAACACCUCAGCACGGCCGUUCUCAAGAUUGACACGCUCGAGUCACGCAUGCGCGAUGCCCAGACCAAUAUUGAGCGCAUCGACAGUCUCCAGAAGCAACUCGAGGCGUCCGGUGAACAGGUCACCAUUCUCAAGGAGGACAUUGAGAAACAAGACCGAGAGCUCAAGGGCCUAGAAUCCGAGCGCGACAAGUGGGAAAAGAUUGCAAGCGACAGCCGGGCCUACGCGGACGGCGCGGACGCGGCUGGCACGAGGGCCGGCCAAGAGAGGGCCGUGGCGACUGCCCGCGAGAUGGACGCCCUGAAGAAGGACAUUGAAGGCCUGCAAUCGGCUGUGCGGUUCCUGCGAGAGGACAGCCGCCGGGCGCGAGUGACGGAACAGCACAGUUACGACUGGUUGGCAGAGCCGCUCAGGAAACCGACAAGUAGACGCGAGCAGCGCAAAGCACUCGUCGUCGCCGAGGGCAAGGACGUCCUAGGCGAACUCGUGAGGAUGGCCACGACGUCCACCGUCUUUGACUUUGGCGCACUGCCCAAGGACAAGCUCGCGUGGAAGCCUGCCAAGUCGACGCCUCAGUACCUCGCCGCCAAACAGAUGGAAGACUUUGCCGCCUGGGACACCUGGCACCGCUCUGUUCUGAGGAAGUCAUCCAUGUUGCGCGCGCCCGAUGCCGGCACGGCCCGUCCUCGGAAUCCAGCCGCGCAGCUGCAAAUACGACUCCCCGGGCCGGACGGCAAGAUGAAGACUGCGCCCGCGCUUGGCCGUGACGUCCAAGUCGUGGGGUCCCGGGAAUGGGAGGCACUACAGAGCAGCAGGAUUGCCGUCUAG